UCUUCUCUUCUCUUCUUCUAUAUUUAACUUUUCCCCGUCUCUUCUCUUCUUCUUCAUCUCCAUAACCCACAUUUCGACAUUUCGGUUCAGUUCGGUUUUCAAGUUUUCUUUGCUUAUUUUGUACGUUAACAUGGGAAAUGCCAUAUCUCCAUGUUUCAAUACAAGAAACUCAGAAUCAUCUUCAACAAAGCUAAUAUUCUUCGAAGGAACAACCAAGAUUCUAACAGGAAAACACAUAGCAGGAGAAGUGAUGUUUGAGAAUCCAGACAUGAUGGUUUGCCAUGCAGAUUCCUUUUUUAUUGGCCAUCCUGUACCAUCUCUAGCCAUUGAUGAUGAGCUAAAACAAGGUCAGACCUAUUUUGUGCUACCCAUUGAUCGAUUCGCUUGUAAGGUUUUCACAGCUGCUUCUCUUGCUGCUUUAACCUCUAGCCCUAAACAAGUUCCUAUCUCUUCCGGUGACAGUCCUUUUGAAUAUGUAAAAGGUACAAAUGGUAGGGUUUCGAUAAGGGUUUUGCCUGAGUUUAUAAUUAGGCUUAUAAAUAGAGGGCAAGAGGGAAAUGGAUCUGAUACUAACGGUAACGAUAGCUUUCUUUGUAGUACUCCAGAGUUGAAAAAGCACUAUGAACAGCUUGUUGGCUCUAGAGAACAAACAUGGUCACCAAAACUUGAGACUAUUUCUGAGCAUAAAAUUAGGUAUUCUCCUUGUAAAUUUUUAGGGUUGGAGUGGAAAGAGAAAGAAAAUGAUUUUUCAUGAUUUAUUUAUUUCUUUCUUUUUCUUUUUUUUUCUUUUGUAGUAAAUCUUUUCAAAUAAUUGAAGGGAAUUAGAUAAAAUAUUGUUAUUCUAUAGUAUUUUGUUUCUUCUUAUUUUAAUUUUUUUGUUUUUGUACAAAGUUUGCUGCUAAUAAAAUGCCCAAUUUGU